AUGAAUGUCGGUAAACUGCGUAACCUUUCUCUGUCACGACAAUAUGCCAGGGGCAUCACCAGCCGUGGAUGCCGCCCCGGUGCAUUGAGUCCAUUGACACGCAAGUCUAUUUCAACAUGCCUCCCACGACGUCCAGUCACGAAUCCCUGCUCCAGACAGCCUACCAGCUCUGUGGUAUUUUCUCGUCAAUAUGCCAUCGAGAAAGGAACAGUGAAACCUGUGUCUAGCGUACAUGACGUGGAAGAAGUUGAUGCCGCCCUGCAACAGAUGAUCUCCGAAGGAAGCAACCUCGCCGAGACAAUCACACGGCAAAACGAGGAUAUUCAAAUCGGAUCAGAGCUGAUGAUCCAUGCAGUGUACGACUCACUGAUUGAUUUGUCACUACAGUUGGUGGUAAAGCUGUACCCAGACGGGGUCACUGGCUUGAUUAAUGCGGAAGACGCAUAUACUUCUUUCCCGCCUGGAAUGGAGGAAUAUGUUAAACAGGUUCGCAAUGGACUAAGAUUAAAUGGUCCGGAAAACGUGCACAAGACAUCUUUUGAGGACGCGGUAGAAAGGACAACUAGGAUGUUCAAUCUGGUUGAAAAGGCCCAUGCCGAGUUGGGGCACUUAUUUGGCGAGCAUCAUGAGACGCUCAACGAGAAAGUGCAAAACAUGUGGUCCCUUUUAAAGAGGGCAGAAAAGGCCGACAAAUUCAUCGAGACUGAAACCGAGAAUGAAGAGAAGGAUGCUGCCUCUGACAAAUCAACAAUGACCUCGGAAAAAAAAGAGUUUGACACACUGAAAAGUAAGAUCUCUAAACUGGUUGAUGAAACCCAAAGGAUGAGAAACGACCGGAGUAAUCUAGAACAUCCACAAAAUGUCGGAGAAGGUAUUGCCUGGGGACUUUUUGGGAUAGGAGCAGCAGUUGCGGCUGGUACGAGGUCCAGACUCUCUGGAUCCAUCAAUGUCAAUGAGUCUAAGCUCGAGCACGAAAGGGACCUACAAAAGACCCACAAAAUCCGAUAUGACAAUGCCUUUGCGCGCCUUGAGAAGGUAAAUGUCACGCUAGGUGCCCUAAAGAGCCAAAAGAAUUCCGUCGAUGAACACGUCAAGAGUCUUGAGAAGGUAGUUGCGUCUUCCAAAAAGGCUCUUGGGUUUGUAGUUGAUCGCAAGAACAUCCUCAGUCGAAUUCACAACGACCUUAUCAAUAUGACCAAGUUUGCGACUAGGUACAAAGCGCACCAAUACGACGAGCGGGCUAGCCUAGGAUUUCUCGCAAAGGGUAUUGUCGAUGUGCUGGAUGCCACGCCCGACUGGCCUGGCACCGUCGUUCCAGUCGUCCUAACCGCCAUGUUUCUACGCUGGCCUCCUUCUAUAGUCCUAUCAGAUAGUGACGACGUUCUAGGCGAGUCAGAAGGCGGAGACAACGAAGCCCAAGUCAAGCUUGACCGUGUGGUGGAAAAGGCGUCUCUAAAUUACAUCAAAUUCGCCAAGGCGGCCAAUCCUCAGCCUCAUCUCAAUGACUACCUGCACGAUGUCGAGUUUGAUUGGGAACAUACUUUCGCCCGUUGGAGAAAGAUAAUUGAAGACGGCGAGUUUACUGGAUUCAGACCUGCGCCAGCUAUCCCACUGAGGCCAUACGACUGA